AUGUUUUUUCUUAUUCCACUUGUUGAAACAUCUCAUUUCCGUGGUGGUACUAUCACUUGGCGCCCACUUAAUACUACACCUUCGGGAAGUUCGGUUGAUAUUCAAAUUCGUCAACGAUACUCAUGGAAUCGGGCUUCUGUUUUUUGUGAUGAUACAUACAUUGCUUCACUCACUCAAAUCGGUGAUAAUACUUCUAUCAGCUGCGUCUCUGGAACUUGUUCUACUUGGAACUCAAAUUUGAUCUAUACAAAAACCUAUUGCACUGAUUAUAGUGUUGGUGGUAGUGUUAGUUCGGGUGAAAUAUAUUAUACACGUACAGUACCAUUGAAUAUUUCAUUCAGCAUCGGUUUCAUCUCAGGUAAUUGGUUCGCAAAUCUUGUUGUUGGUGCUAAGGGUCUUUGGAGUGUUAUCGAUCGAAUCAAUACUAUUGUUCGUCCAGAUGGUUAUUUAAAUAAUAGUCCAGUCGCGACUACGCUUCCUGUAAUUUAUAAGGCUAUCAAUACCCAACGUGUGCAUGUUGUUCAAAUGUCUGAUCUAGAUUCAACUGACACAUUGAGAUGUCGUUGGUCCGAUAACUCAGCCAGCAACUUUAAUUCAUACGAUAAAUGUGCAGAUGUAUGUAACGGUGUACCUGGCGCUGUAUUAUAUAAUGAUAACUGUACACUUGUAUUCACACUCACUCUAGCGAAUAUGUAUGUUGCAGUAGCCUUACAAAUUGAAGAUUAUUACACAUCAAUAUCAUCAUUUCUAAUGAGCUCUGUACCUCUUCAAUUUCUUUUCUAUGGUUAUGAUACGCCUUCUGGUUGUAGUACACCACCAGCUAUUAUUGGUAAUCGACCCAAUCGAGGUAUCUACCAAAUCAUUCUUAGCUGGAUUCCCACAGCUACUCAAUUUGGUCCACAAGGUUUUUGUGCUGGUGCUAUAGAUAAUACAGAUGUUCAAUCAAAUCAAUGGUGUAUUACAUUCUUAGUUGGUUAUGAUUCUCCUAAUUUGAUUCAAGCUUCUUCUGUUCAAGGAACAGUUUCACCAAUUGGUACUAUAUUUGCUAAUCAUACUAUCUUUUCUAUUCAAGCAACUCGUCAAGUAAAUCGUCCAUCUCGAAAUUAUACAUAUGUGUAUUUUAAUGAUACUGCAACUGGUACAAGUGUUCAUACAGUUGAUUGUGGUUGGGAUCCUCAUGUGAUGUACAGUGGAAAUACAAUUACAUUUUAUAUUCCAUCUCCACCUUGGAUUCCAGGACAUACAUAUUACGUUACUUUCGAUAGUGGUGUGGCUAGUGGUACUGACUUCUGUAAACCUGAGUCAUCACCAAUCACUGAGCCUAAGUUUUGGAGAUUCGAUAUUUGGAAUCCAGCUGUUUCAUCAACUACAACAACAACUACAACUCCACCAACUACUGGUACAGUAACAACAAGACCUAUAUCAACCACUACUGUUAAUACAUUGUUGACAACAACUGGUAUUGUGGCGACAAGUACAACAACAGUUACGGCAACAACAACUUCUGUCACAACUUCAACAAAAAGUCAAGAAUUACAUAUUUUUGAUUUUAUAGUUAUAGCCUUACUAGUUUAA